UUCUUCUGUUCCUUUUCCUGUAUUCUACAAGUUCAUAUCCCAGUAUCUCUUUGAAUCCCCCUCACUACCCCACUUCCCUACCCCCUACUGAUUCUUUUGCCUUUAUAAACCCCACUGAACCAACGUCCCUUUUAUAAUAGACCUCCCCUUUUCAUAUAUUCAUAUAGUCCUUGUUGAUUUAAUAAACAGUAACUUUGAACUCUCUGAGGAGUCCAUUGUGAGGUCAAUCUCCAAUAUUCUACAGUCCCCAAAAUGGAUGAGAGCAAUUAUUACUUCAUGAAUAGGGGCCACAUUCCUGCAUUUGGUAGCUGGGACUGUAACAAUGAUUUCCCAAUUCCUUUCACUCAGUGCUUUGAAUCUGCUAGACAAGCUGGGUUGCUCAGAUACAGCUACUCUGAUGACCGUGAUUUGUAUGUCGCCGGAGAUCUAUACCAGAAUGAUAUCCUCACUCCAGCCAUGAUCGUCGUCCCUCGUCGUAAGAGAAAAGCAAGUAUUACUAAUGAAGGUGUUGGAAAAGCAAGAAAAGAGGGGUGGGUGGUGUGCAAUUGUGAAUAUGAUGAAGAGAAAAGAGACACAAGCACUGUUCCACCAUCUCCACCUCCACCUAGAAGAGCACCCAAAGCAGUAGAUGAAGAUCUCUACAAGAUUUCCCCUCAAUUGCUCCACUCUAAGCCUACAAGGAAAGGUGUUAGGGGAUUCUUUUCGAGCUGCUUGCUGCCAACUUGUGCUUCUUGAUCCUCAAAUAAGAGAAGAUUGACAACAUAUAUAGGACUAGUAGUGUCGUAUUAAUAGUUGGUUUGUGUCUAUAUUAGAACUUAUUAAUUUAGUGUUUGGAGUAUUUUCUUGGGUUUUUAGCAGUAAAUUGGCUUUAUAAACAGAAAGAUUUUGGCCAGCCCAAGAAAAACAAAUAUCCAUCAUUAGCUUAUCAUGGUGAAAAUUAAGAGAAUUCUUUCUCUACUCUAUUGCUAGUAUGUUCCCCUUUGGAAGUA